AUGUCUGAGUUGUGGAAUAGCAGUGAAGUCUUAGGAGUAUUUACAACCAUGAUUCCAUUUUCUGUCCAUGACGAGGGCCUGAUCAGCCAAUCCACAAAGCAGACUGUGGAGUUCGCCCUCGUGACAGUAUUCCUUCCCAUGAUUCUCCUGCUUGGCUGUCUUGGAAAUGGCGCCGUUCUGAGAACUUUAUGGAAUCAGAAACCUCGGCAGUCGCUCACUGUCUACCUGCUGAGUCUGAGUGUGAAUGACACAGUCGUUGUCCUAGCCUACGCUGCACACUGGAUUAUAAACAUCGUGUGUUUGUAUGAUCCGGAGUGGGGCAAUAAGAUCACGGCAGCCAUGACAGUUCCGGUGUAUCUGUUUCUGCUGACGGCAGCCCAACGGGUGACUGGCGUCCUAACAUCACUGCUGACUAUGGAGAGAGUGCUAGCAGUCACCUGUCCUCUCACUGUUAAAUCUCUCCUCCUCAGCAGACACCCCCGUAAGAUCGUAACCGCGGUAUACCUGUUCUGCUAUUUGUACAUGGUGCCUAACUGGUUCCGGUAUAACGUGAGCUUGGUAGUCGCGCCCUCUCGGAAUGCUUCUUAUGUUUUCUACAAUCUGACGAAGUUUGCUAGGACGACCGACUUUUACAGGUACUAUGGGCUGCUGGCACACAUUCUUAUGUCCAUUAUCCCAAUGAUUGUUGUGCUCUGCGGUAACCUCACAAUCAUCAUCACGAUGAAAAGGCGAAAGAAUUUCCAAGAUACUAUCAUGUUUAAGAAAUCUGAAGAACACAAAGUUACCACUUUAUUACUCUGCGUCUCCUUCAUCUUCCUUAUAUGCACAAUACCUGGUACAUGUGUUUUGAUCGUCACAAAAUAUAACACGGAUUUCGGGCUGACGGGAAGAGAGCGACAUCUUUUUGAUGUUCUAUUGACGAUCUCUUUCAUUUUGGUUGCGCUUAAUUCAUCUGUUAAUUUCAUAGUGUAUAUGAUAUGCAGUUCACGGUUUCGAAAAACUUUUACUGAGACCUGGCGUUGUUGUCAAAUACAAAAAAUUAUACAAUAG